AUGGUUUUGGCGGACUUGGGCCGUAAGAUAACGUCAGCGUUGCGGUCGUUGGGCAACGCGACGAUAAUCAACAAAGAGGUGUUGGACGGACUCCUCAAAGACAUCUGUACGGCUCUACUGGAGGCCGACGUCAACAUAAAACUGGUGAAACAGUUGCGCGAAAAUGUGCGGUCAGUCAUCGACUUCGAGGAGAUGGCCGCCGGACUCAACAAACGAAGAAUGAUUCAAAUGGCGGUCUUCAAGGAAUUGGUGAAACUGGUGGACCCGGGAGUGAAGGCGUGGACACCAGUGAAGGGCCGCACGAAUGUCGUGAUGUUUGUGGGCCUUCAGGGGAGUGGGAAGACCACGACGUGCACCAAAAUGGCCUAUUAUUACGUGCGGAAGGGCUGGAAGUGUGCGCUCGUGUGCGCCGACACCUUCAGGGCCGGCGCUUUCGACCAAUUGAAACAAAACGCCACAAAAGCGAGAAUACCUUUCUAUGGCUCUUACACUGAAUCGGAUCCCGUGGUGAUCGCCGCUGAAGGCGUCGAGAAGUUCACGAACGAAGGCUUCGAAGUGAUUAUUGUGGACACGAGUGGUCGACACAAACAGGAGAGCUCUCUAUUCGAGGAGAUGUUAGCCAUUUCGACGACCACUCAGCCCAACCUCAUUAUCUACGUUAUGGACGCCUCUGUAGGACAGGCGUGUGAAGGACAGGCCAGAGCUUUCAAGAGCAAAGUAGAUGUCGGAGCCGUGAUUGUGACCAAACUGGACGGUCACGCGAAAGGUGGUGGCGCUCUGAGUGCAGUGGCGGCUACACAGUCGCCCAUCAUAUUCAUCGGGACGGGUGAACACAUCGAUGACUUCGAACAGUUCAAAGUGAAGCCAUUCGUGUCGAAGCUGUUAGGGAUGGGAGACAUCGAAGGACUCAUCGAUAAAGUGAAUGAACUGAAGCUCGACGACAACGAAGAGCUGAUCGAGAAGUUAAAACACGGAGAGUUCACUCUCAGGGAUAUGUACGAGCAGUUCACGAACAUCAUGAAAAUGGGUCCUUUCCAUCAGAUCCUCAAUAUGAUCCCCGGCUUCGGCGCCGACCUCGUGAAGGGCGCCUCUGAAGCCGAAUCCAUGUCGAGACUCAAACGCUUGAUGACUAUAAUGGACUCAAUGAGUGAUUCGGAACUGGAUUCCAGAGAAGGCGCUAAACUGUUCACAAAACAGCCGACGCGGAUCGUACGGGUGGCGCGAGGCAGUGGUGUCACCCAGAAGGAGGUCCAAGAGCUGUUGACUCAGUACACGAAAUUCGCGGCCGUCGUCAAAAAGAUGGGCGGAAUUAAGGGUCUCUUCAAAGGCGGAGAUAUGGCCAAGAAUGUGAAUCCCACACAAAUGGCUAAACUGAACCAACAAAUGGCUAAAAUGAUGGAUCCCAGGGUUCUUCAGCAGAUGGGAGGUAUGCCUGGCCUCCAGAAUAUGAUGAGACAAUUGCAGACGGCUUCACAACACAAAUAA